UCUGUAUUUCAUUACGUUUCGUUUGAAUUUGCCCCUGGUCCGCUCAGGUGUGUUUGUGUUAAAGCAUCAUGCCUCGUUAUUGUCGAGUAAAAGCAGAAGAAUUUUCAAGUAAUCCUGGAAUUUCUGGUUCAUAUCAAAGCGUUUGCGAAUCUGUUAUUCCUCUUCUUGGUAUAGAUCCUGGAUCCGAUGACGAUGAAGAAUCUUGGUUCACGUUCGCUUUCAACAUUGCUCUCACUGUGCUGGAUCCAAAGUCUUGCUGGUUUCAGAUAUUCAUUCUUUUCAUGGUGGCCGGAGUGGCGUUUAUGCUGGGUGUUUAUUUGAGGCGACGCACUAUUCUGGGUUUAUUACGACAGAAGGAAGAAUGGAUCGACAAAGAGAAAAUGUUAUUGAAUCAACUUUGGGCUGCACUUGAAGAAAAGUUGGAAGCCAAAGCCAUGAUGCAGGAAUCGCGAACUUCGCUUGAUAAAGUUAAAGUUGAAUUAGAUUCGGAAAAGGCCGAGAAGGAAUCGCUUCAAGCUAGGCUGUGGGGCAUGGAGAGAAAUGUAAAAAUUAUUCAGUCAGAGAGGGAUGUCUUAGAAGAGAAACUACGAGAUUGUAUCAGCACUUUUGCAGAUCUGAGAAAAAACAUUGGAAAGAAUGCGGGUAGUGGUGAGAGUGUUGGAAUAGCAAACUGCAUGGAUAAAAUAAAGAGUCUACAAGUUUUACUACAGAAAUUGAUCGAAGCACAUCGACAGGAACACCUAAAUUUUAUAUCUAUGCUUGAAAAACAACCUUCCGUUUAAAUAAAUUAGUAACUAAUAAGAGGACAAAUAAAAGUUGACGCACUUUGAA